AUAAAUAAAUAAUUACCAUAAAACAGCUUUAUAGUUUUCUACUCGGCGACCAAACAAUCCAAAACUAUUAUUCUAUUCUUUUUUUAUGUAUCUGAAGCAAGCAUUGGCAUAGUAGCCAAGGCUACAUAGCCUCAAGCGUGCGCUUUAUAUAGGCCGGUUCAGCAUCCGAAUCGUUCUCUUUUUUCUCUCUUUGCCAAAAACCACACUCUGCAAAAGCAAAAACCCCUGAGUCAUGACUCGCUCUAAACUUUAACACAUAAAGAGACCGAUAAUGGAGGAAAACGUUUUCCAAAUGAAAAAAAACAACAACCACUAUUACAACCACCACCACCACCACCACCACCACCGAUUCGCAAGCGGCGAGUGGAAUAGCGACGACGGCCAUGAACCACGACAAGAAUUGACUCAGUCACGAGACUCGCGACCACGACCCAGACCACGUCAGCCCCCACGAGUUCCCAAAGUUUUGCCUGGCCAGGUGGCAUUCCGUAUCCUCUGUCACUCGUCCGUCAUCGGCGGGAUCAUCGGAAACUACGGCUCCAUCAUUUCGCAGCUCCGGCGAGAGACUGCCGCCAAGAUCCACUGCGAGAAUCCUUCGCCGGGUUCGCAGUACGGUGUCGUUUUGGUCGUUGGUUCGGAAUUGGUAGAUAGGAGGAUCGAGUUUGAGCCGGAAAGCGGAUGGAGUGAGGCGGCUAUGGUGUCGGGGGCUCAGGAGGCGGUGGUUAGGGUUUUUGAGAAAAUCUGGAACGUCGAGGCGCAGAACGAGUUGAGUAACGGGUCGGGCGAGGUUUGGUGUAGAUUGGUUGCCCAUGGGUCUCAGAUUCGGGCCGUUAUGGGAAAAGGAGGGAGCAAUAUAACCAGAAUGAGAAAGGAAAGCGGUGCUAAGAUCAGGAUUGUCGCUGCUCCGAAUAGCGAGGUUUUGAACGACGAAGUUAUCCAGAUUGUGGGAACUGUUUUAGCUGUAAAGAAGGCUCUCAUUGCUGUUUCUAGUUGUCUUCAAGAUCAUCCACCUUUAGACAGCAGUUCUAUGCUUUUGAGCAAGGCUACUGAGGUCAUCCCAAAUGGGUCCUCUCCUUCUGGUAUGCUUGCAGAGUAUUUCCCAAAUGUUGGUUCACUUAUACCACCCAUGUCUGGAAAUCCCAUCAAUAACGCUUCAAACGAGUGUACAUUAACUAGCAGUAAUGGAAACUUAAGCAAGGACAUGGAAGACACACAGCAAGAAGUUGUGUUCAGACUGAUUUGCUCUAAUGUUGUAGCUGGGAGUGUCAUUGGCCAAAAAGGGUCUGUAGUUAGAGCUUUAGAGACAGAGACAGGUGCUUCUAUAAAAUUUGCAGCUCCUGUUACAAACUUUGCCGAGCGUGUGGUAACCAUUUCUGCAUACGAGACACUUGAAUCUUGCUACUCUCCAGCACAAAAUGCUGUUAUUCUUGUCUUUGCUAGAACCGUUGAGAGUGAGAUUGAGAAAGGCUUUCUAUUAGGCUUCAGUAAGGUAUCAACCGUUACUGCAAAGCUUCUAGUUGCCUCAGAUACUGUUGGUUGCCUGAGAGAGAAUGAAGAUGAGGUGUUUUUAGAAGUGAGAGAUAUAACUGGUGCAGAUAUACAGAUAUUGCAAGGGGACAAGUACCUGGAUUAUGGUCCAGCAAAUUCAUUAAUACAGAUUACUGGUGGCUAUAAAAAUGUACAACAUGCUCUGUUUCAAGUCACUAGUAGUCUGAGGGAUUACCUUUUGCCUUGUGAAAUGCUUUAUGAAUUGAGAACAAGGAGUGCUUAUGGAAGGGUGAGGAAGUCAUCUCAGAAUGUGAAAAGAGGGCAUGCCAGAACUGUUGGUGGGGAUCUAGAAGUUAUAAGGUCAGCAUUGAAGAACACAGAAGGGCAUCGUCCACCUCUAGACAGCGGCCCUAAACUUUUGAAAAAAGCUACCGAGAUCAACCCUAAUGGAGCCUCUCCUUCUAGGAUGCUUGCAGAGUUUUUCCCAAAUCUUGGCUGCUUGUUACCACCCAUGUAUGGAAGCUCUGUCAAUAGUACUUCAAAUGAGGGCACCUUAGCCAACAAUAAUGGAAUCCCAGGCAAGGAUGCAAAAGGCACACAGCAUGAAGUUGUGUUCAGACUUAUUUGCUCUAAUGUUGCAGCUGGAAGCGUGAUUGGCCAAAAAGGGUUCAUAGUCAGAGCUCUAGAGGCUGAGACAGGUGCUUCUAUAAAAUUUGCAGCUCCUGUUACAAACUUUGGUGGGCGUGUGGUCACAAUUUCUGCAUCUGAGACACUCGAGUCAUCCUACUCUCCAGCACAAAAUGCUCUUGUCCUUGUCUUUGCUAGAACCGUUGAGAGUGUCAUUGAGAAAGGGCUUCUACGCUUCAGUAAGGUAACAACUGUUACUGCAAAGCUCCUAGUUGCAUCAGACGAAGUUUAUUACCUGAGUGGUAAUGAAGAUGGGGUGGUUUCAGAAGUGAGAGAAGUUACUGGUGCAGAUGUACAGAUAUUGGGAGUGAAGCAGUUACUGGAUUAUGGCCCAGCCAAUUCAGUAGUACAGAUCACUGGUGAAUAUGAAAAUGUACAAAAUGCGUUGUUUCAAGUCACUAGUAGUCUGAGGGAUCGCCUUUUGCCUCAUGAAGUGUUUAAUGAUGUUAGAGCGAGGAAUGUUCAGCGGAGGCUGAGGAAGACCAGCUCCUCAGACUUAUACCAAUCCUUAGGCUUAUGUCCUGAUUUCAAAGAUGAAGCGAAUUUAACUUGUCAAAUGAAACAACUUGGACUCUCCCACAGCAAUGGUACUUCCCCAUCAAAGUUGCAGCAACCACAGACUGUGAAAGGUGGGCGCGCCAGUGUUCUUGGUGGGGAUCUAGAAAUUUUAAGUGGAUCUAAACUUGCUACUGUAACAAAUACAAUUCUGGAGAUAGCAGUUUCUCAGCAUGCUUUUGGGUCUCUUUAUGGUGAAGAUGGUUGCAACUUGCACCGCCUAAGAGAGAUUUCAGGUGCAAAAGUUGAAGUACAUGACCCUAGUCCCCGAAAAAGUGAAGGGAAGGUUGUUAUAUCUGGGACACCUGAUCAAACACUUAGAGCACAAAGUCUGCUUCAAGCUUUCAUCCAAACGGACCAAAAACCAUGAAUUAACCAGAAGAUGAAUAUUUUCUUGUCAAUGAAUGUAACGUCACCUUUACGCCCCAAAUGACUUUUGUCGGCCACCUGAGGAGCUACUGGUCGUGUGUUUCUCAUGUUUCACUGUACAUAAUCCUUGUAAAUAACAGCCAAGAAUAGAAUAUUCUUGCAAACGGAGAAAGUCAAUGAGAUAGUAGCAAAAAUUAAAAAAAAAAAAAAAAGGAAUAUAAUGAAAUCUGUGUAUAAAAGUGAAAUUAGCCACAUCCUAAUGCAUUCCUAAUGUUGGUUAUGACAACUGUACCAAAUUAGUUGAAGUGGUUUGUAAUUUGUUCUUUUUUGGGCAGGUUACACAAAAAGUUUUGAUCAAUUUCAUACUAAAUUUACUAUCACAUUUGUCA